CUCUCUCUCUCUCUCGCUCUCCCACUCCCACAAAUGCAGUGACAGUUGGAUUCUGUGUGUGCAUGCAUGUGUGAUAGAGAGAGAUAGUCGAAAUAGAAAGUGAGAGAGGGAGGGAGAGUGAAGGAGCAAAGGGGAAUGCUUGCCACUGAGGGGCAGGGAAAAGGAAUAAGGAAAUUGAAGUAGCCGCCAUAUGCUGUGGAUUUUUAUGACUGUCUUACUGAAGUGAAUAUUCUUUUUUGGGGGAAAAAGAUGGGAAGCUCGCAUUUUCUGAACAAAGGCUUGCCUUUAGCGAAUGACGGAGUUGAGGGCCUGUACGGGUGUUUGGAGUAUAUCCUUCCCGUCUGACUCAUUAAAGAAAGAUUCUUCGUCUAAUUCGAGGCAUUCGGCCGCCUAUCAUGAACGGGCCCAUGAACCCACGGCCCCUGGUGGCCCUGCUGGACGGGCGUGACUGCACCAUAGAGAUGCCAAUCCUGAAAGACGUGGCCACUGUGGCCUUCUGUGAUGCCCAGUCCACCCAGGAGAUCCAUGAGAAGGUACUGAACGAGGCUGUAGGAGCUCUGAUGUACCACACCAUCACGCUAAUGAGGGAGGACCUGGAGAAAUUCAAGGCACUUCGGAUCAUCGUCUGCAUUGGCAGCGGCUUCGACAAUAUCGACAUCAAGUCGGCUGGAGAUUUAGGGAUAGCAGUGUGUAACAUGCCAGCAGCGUCGGUGGAGGAGACAGCGGACUCCACACUGUGUCACAUCCUGAACUUGUACAGAAGAACCACGUGGCUUCACCAGGCACUGCGCGAGGGCACCAGGGUACAGAGCGUAGAGCAGAUCAGAGAGGUGGCGUCCGGGGCGGCGAGGAUCCGCGGGGAGACACUUGGCAUCAUCGGCCUCGGUCGUGUUGGCCAGGGUGUAGCACUCAGAGCCAAAGCGUUUGGGUUCAAUGUGAUCUUCUAUGACCCAUACCUGUCUGACGGGGUGGAGCGAGCCCUGGGCCUGCAGCGUGUAAACACCCUCCAGGACCUGCUUUUCCACAGCGACUGUGUCACCCUCCACUGCAGCCUCAAUGAGCACAACCACCACCUCAUCAAUGACUUCACCAUCAAACAGAUGCGCAAGGGUGUGUUCCUGGUUAACACGGCCCGAGGGGGGCUCGUGGAUGAGAAGGCCCUGGCACAGGCCCUGAAAGAGGGGAGGAUACGAGGGGCGGCCCUGGACGUCCACGAGACAGAGCCCUUCGGCUUCAGCCAGGGACCUCUGAAAGAUGCUCCUAACCUGAUAUGUACUCCCCAUGCUGCCUGGUACAGCGAACAGGCUUCUAUUGAGAUGAGAGAGGAGGCAGCCCGGGAGAUCCGACGAGCCAUUUCAGGUCGUAUUCCAGACAGCCUAAAGAACUGUGUGAAUAAAGAGUUCCUGUCCCAGACUACUCACUGGGUCAAUAUGGACCCUGCUGUCAUUCAUCCUGAGCUCAAUGGGGCCUACAGGUACCCUCCUGGUGUUGUGAGUUUGGCCUCUGGGGGGCUCCCUCCACCUAUAGAGGGAAUCGUUCCUAACGCAGUGCCCAUAACACACUGCCUGCCCAGCGUCGCCCACCCCUCUCACGCCCCUUCGCCGGGCCAGCCAGGCAAAGCAGAGUCAGACAGAGAGCAGCACCCCAAUGACCAGUUGUUGUAGCCCCACCCCACAGAGCUCUCUGUCCAACCAAAAGAACUCUACUGGUCUUCAUUCGUCCGAAGAGGAAUGAAGUUGAAGCCUCAUAGGUUUCAAACAGCUGCCAUGAAACAGACAGACUCACAGAGGUCUAUUACAGUUCAUCUGGUCCAACCAUAGUGGUCAUCUUUUUCAACAACAAAAAAAUAGUGCAGAAAAAAAUAAAAUAAUAAUGUGGAUUUGGGAAGAGAAAAUACCUAUAUCCUUUAUAGCGAAUCCUGCUGUUUAGACUGUAGUUUGACCUAGUAAAGUGGGCGAAUAUCUGUUGCUGUGUCCUAUGGGUUCAUCGUUAAAGCAGACGUAGUUUAUUAUAACAUGAAUAACCUGUUUGUGUACAGUUUUUAGAACAAUGAAAACAAUAUUUAUAUUGCAGUCUAAAAGAAAAAUAAGGGUGAAAACUAACCAACUGAUUAUAAAAAUAUAUAUAUUCCCCAACAAGCCCCAAAAGAGGAAGCUUUUGCACAACUUCUCAGGAAAUUGAAUUUCUCUAGUUAUUUUCCGUUUAUGCCAGAUAGUGCUUUCUUUUUCUACCUGUUUUGUUUAUAUUAGCAAACAUACUAACCCAUAAGAGUAAGCCCUGUCUAAGCCGGUGGAGGAGGUGGGUUCUACUAAGCUAUAUGGAAUUGUUUUAAGAAGGUCAUACCAAAGAUCAUUUAGCUAUUUAAUUUUAAGACCCCUUGAAGUAUCAACAAAAAUAAUAGAUUGAUAGAUAAAAAAAAAAAAAUGUAGUGAUCUGUUAUUCGAUGCGUUUGUAUGGGCUAAUAAGCAGUAAGGCUAAAUACAAUUUUUUGGUAUCAAAAAAAUAUAUAAGAAAUAUAUUUGAUAGAAAAUUGUAUUUAGCCUUACUGCUAUUAGCCCAUACAAAUGCAUUGAUUAACAGAUGCACUACAUGCAAAAACAGAUUGUCACCCCCCCAAAGAAUUUAAAGAAAGUGUCUGCCCUAUACAUGACAGGCCUGUGAGUCUUCUGAGGCCUGUGAGCAAAACAACUGACGUACUGAUGUACAGUACCAGUCAAAAGUUUAGACACACCUACUCAUUCAAUGGUUUUUAUUUAUUUUUACAUUUUCUACAUUGUAGAAUAAUAGUGAAGACAUAAACUAUGAAAUAACACAUUUGGAAUCAUGUAGUAACCAAAAAAGUGUUAAACUAAUCAAAAAAUAUUUUUAAUUUGAGAUUCUUCAAAGUAGCCACUCUUUGGCUUAAUGACAGCUUUGCACACACUUGGAAUUCUCUCAACCAGCUUCAUGAGGUAGUCACCUGGAAUGCAUUUCAAUUAACAUGUGUGCCUUGUUAAAAGUUAAUUUGUGGAAUUUCUUUCCUUCUUAAUGUGUUUGAACCAAUCAGUUGUGUUGUGACAAGGUGUGUGUGUAUGUGACCAAUUUUCUUGGUCACAUACACGUGAUUAGCAGAUGUUAUUGCGGGUGUAGCGAAAUGCUUGUGCUUCUAGUUCCGACAGUGCAGUAAUAUCUAACAAGUAAUAUCUAACAAAUUACACAAAAUAUACCCAAUACACACAAAUAUAAGUAGGAAUGAAUUAAGACUAUAUACAUAUGGAUGAGCAAUGUCAGAGCGGAACUGACUAAGCUACAGUAGAAUAGUAUAGAAAACAGUAUAUAUAUAAGAGAUGAGUAAUGCAAGAUAUGUAAAUGUUAAAUGACUAAGAUACCGUAGAAUAGUAUAGAAUACAGUAUAUACAUAUGAUAUGAGUAAUGCCAUAUGAUUAAACAUUAAAGUGACUAGUGUUCCAUUCCUUAAAGUGGCCAGUGAUUUCUAGUCUAUGCCUAGAGGCAGCAGCCUCUAAUGUGCUAGUGAUCACUGUUUAACAGUCUGAUAGCCUUGAGAUAGAAGCUGUUUUUCAGUCUCUUGGUCCCAGCUGUUAUGCACCUGUACUGACCUCGCCUUCUGGAUGAUAGCAGGGUGAACAGGUAGUGGAUCGGGUGGUUGAUGUCCUCAAUGAUCUUUUUGUCCUUUUUGUCCUGUCACAUCGGGUGCUGUAGGCAUCCUGGAGGGCAGGUAGUUUGCUCCCGGUAAUGGGUUGGGCAGACCGCACCACCCUCUGGAGAGCCUUUUUUUAUUUUAUUUUUAUUUCACCUUUAUUUAACCAGGUAGGCUAGUUGAGAACAAGUUCUCAUUUGCAACUGCGACCUGGCCAAGAUAAAGCAUAGCAGUGUGAACAGACAACAACACAGAGUUACACAUGGAGUAAACAAUAGACAAGUCAAUAACAUGGUAGAAAAAAGAGAAUCUAUAUACAAUGUGUGCAAAAGGCAUGAGGUAGGCAAUAAAUCGAAUAAUUACAAUUUAGCAGAUUAACACUGGAGUGAUAAAUCAUCAGAUGAUCAUGUGCAAGAAGAGAUACUGGUGUGCAAAAGUGCAGAAAAGUAAAAUAAAUAAAAGCAGUAUGGGGGUGAGGUAGGUAAAUUGGGUGGGUAGUUUACAGAUGGACUAUGUACAGCUGCAGCGAUCGGUUAGCUGCUCGGAUAGCAGAUUUUUAAAGUUGUUGAGGGAGAUAAAAGUCUCCAACUUCAGAGAUUUUUGCAAUUCGUUCCAGUCGCAGGCAGCAGAGAACUGGAAGGAAAGGCGUCCAAAUGAGGUUUUGGCUUUAGGGAUGAUCAGUGAGAUACACCUGCUGGAGCGCGUGCUACGGGUGGGUGUAGCCAUCAUGACCAGUGAACUGAGAUAAUGCGGCACUUUGCCUAGCAUAGCCUUGUAGAUGACCUGGAGCCAGUGUGUCUGACGACGAACAUGUAGCGAGGGCCAGUCGACUAGGGCAUACAGGUCGCAGUGGUGGGUCGUAUAAGGUGCUUUAGUAACAAAACGGAUGGCACUGUGAUAAACUGCAUCCAGUUUGCUGAGUAGAGUAUUGGAGGCUAUUUUGUAGAUGACAUCGCCGAAGUCGAGGAUCGGUAGGAUAGUCAGUUUUACUAGGGUAAGUUUGGCGGCGUGAGUGAAGGAGGCUUUGUUCCGGAAUAGAAAGCCGACUCUAGAUUUGAUUUUGGAUUGGAGAUGUUUGAUAUGAGUCUGGAAGGAGAGUUUGCAGUCUGGCCAGACACCUAGGUACUUAUAGAUGUCCACAUAUUCUAGGUCAGAACCGUCCAGGGUGGUGAUGCUAGUCGGGCGUGCGGGUGCAGGCAUCGAACGGUUGAAAAGCAUGCAUUUGGUUUUACUAGCGUUUAAGAGCAGUUGGAGGCCACGGAAGGAGUGUUGUAUGGCAUUGAAGCUCGUUUGGAGGUUAGAUAGCACAGUGUCCAGGGAAGGGCCGGAAGUAUACAGAAUGGUGUCGUCUGCGUAGAGGUGGAUCAGGGAAUCGCCCGCAGCAAGAGCAACAUCAUUGAUGUAUACAGAGAAAAGAGUCGGCCCGAGAAUUGAACCCUGUGGUACCCCCAUAGAGACUGCCAGAGGACCGGACAACAUGCCCUCCGAUUUGACACACUGAACUCUGUCUGCAAAGUAGUUGGUGAACCAGGCCUUGUGGUUGCGGGUGGUGCAGUUGCCGUACCAGGUGGUGAUACAGCCCAACAGGAUGCUUUAAAUUGUGCAUCUGUAAAGGUUUGUGAGAGUUUUAUGUGACAAGCUACAUUUCUUUAGCCUCCUGAGGUUUGUUGGGCCUUCUUGACCCUGUGUGGGUGGUCCAUUUCAGUUUGUCAGUGAUGUGUACGCCAAGGAACUUGAAGCUUUCCACCUUCUCCACUGCGGCCCCGUCGAUGUAGAUAGGGGGGUGCACCCUCUGCUGUUUCCUGAAGUCCACGAUCAUCUCCUUUGUUUAAUUGACGUUGAGUAAGAGGUUGUUUUCCAGGCACCACACUCUCAGAGCCCUCACCUCCUCCCUGUAGGCUGUCUCGUCAUCAUUGGUAAUCAAGCCUACUACUGUUGUGUCGUGUGCAAACUUGAUGAUUGAGUUGGAGGUGUGCUUGGCCAUGCAGUCAUGGGUGAACAGGGAGUACAGGAGGGGGCUGAGCACGCACCCUUGUGGGACCCCAGCAGAGUGGAGGUGAUGUUUCCUACCUUCACCACCUGGGGGCGGCUCGUCAGAAAGGCCAGGACCCAGUUGCACAGGACGGGGUUCAGAAGCAGGGCCUCGAGCUUAAUGAUGAGCUUGGAGGGUACUAUGGUGUUGAAUGCUGAGCUGUAGUCAAUAAACAGCAUUCUUACAUAGAUAUUCCUCUUGUCCAGAUGGGAUAGGGCAGUGUGCAGAGUAAUGGCGAUUGCAUUGUCUGUGGAUCUAAAGGGGCGGUAAGCAAAUUGAAGUGGGUCUAGGGUGGCAGGUAAGGUAGAGGUGAUUUGAUCCUUGACUUGUCUCUCAAAGCACUUCAUGAUGACAGAGGUGAGUGCUACGGGGCGAUAGUCAUUAAGUUCAGUUACCUUUGCCUUCUUGGGUACAGGAACAAUGGUGUUCAUCUUGAAGCAUGUGGGGACAGCAGACUGGGAUAGUGAGAUGCCCGUAAACACACCAGCCAGCUGGUCUGAACAUGCUCUGAGGACGCGGCUAGGGAGCAGCCUUGCGAGGGUUAACACGUUUAAAUGUUUUACUCACGUGGAGAAGGAGAGCCCACAGUCUUUGGUAGCGGGCCGAGUUGGUGGCACUGUGUUAUCCUCAAAGCGUGCGAAGAAUGUGUUUAGCCUGUCCGGAAGCAAGACGUUGGUCUCGGCGACGUGGCUGGUUUCCUUUUGUAGUCUGUGAUUGUCUGUCGUCCCUGCCACAUACGUCUCGUGCUUGAGCUGUUGAAUUGCAACUCCACUUUAUCUCUACACUGACGUUUAGCUUGUUUGAUUGCCUUGAGGAGUGAAUAACUACAUUGUUUAUAUUAUUUUUUAAUUAUUUUUUUGUACCCCUUUUCUCCCCAAUUUCAUGGUAUCCAAUUUGGUAGUUACAGUCUUGUCCCAUCGCUGCAACUCCCAUACAGACUCGGGAGAAGCGAAGGUCGAGAGCCAUGCGUCCUCUGAAACACAACCCAGCCCUGCUUCUUGACACAAUCCCCACUUAAACCGGAAGCCAGCCGCACCAACGUGUCGGUGGGAACACUGUACACCUGGCAACUGUGUCAACGUGCAUUGCGCCCAUCCCACUACAGGAGUCGCUUGUGCGUGAUGGGACAAGAGCAUCACUGCCGGCCAAAUCCUCCGCUAACCCGGACGACGCUGGGUCAAUUGUGCGCCGCCCCAUGGGUUUCCUGGUCGCAGCCGGCUGCAACAGAGCCUGGACUCGAACCAGGAUCUCUAGUGACACAGCUAGUGCUGCGAUGCAGUGCUAGAGCACUGCAACACUUGGGAGACUCACUGUCUAUAUUCUGCCAUAUUCCCAGUCACCUUGCCAUGGUUAAAUGCGGUGGUUCACGCUUUCAGUUUCGCCCAAAUGCUACCAUUUAUCCACGUUUUCUGGUUAGGGUAGGUUUUAAUAGCCACAGUAGGUACUACAUCUCCUAUACACUUCCAUAUAAACUCUAGAUUAUUUUCGUAAGCACCCCGGAACAUAUCCCAGUCCACGUGAUCAAAACAAUCCUGAUGUGUGGAUUCCGAUUGGUCAGACCAGCAUAGUCCUGAGCACGGGUACUUCCUGUUUGAGUUUCUGCUUAUAGGACGGGAGCAGCAAGAUGGAAUCGGGGUCAGAUUUGCCAAAAGGAGGGCGGGGGAGGGCCUUGUAAGCAUUCCGGAAGUUUGAAUAGCAAUGGUCGAGAGUCUUAGCAGCGCGAGUAGUACCAUCGAUAUGUUGAUAGAACUUCGGCAGGCUAGUCCUCAAAUGUGCUAGUCCCCAGCUACAAUAAAUGCAACCUCAGGAUAUGUGGUUUCCAGUUUGCAUAAAGUCCAGUGAAGUUCUUUGAGGGCCGUUGUGGUAUCGGCUUGAGGGGGGAUGUAAACCGCCGUGGCAACGACAGAGGAGAAUUAUCUUGGGAGACAAUAUGGUCUGCAUUUGUUUGUGAGUUAUUAUAGGUCGGGUGAACAAAAGGACUUGAGUUCCUGUAUAUUCCUAUAAUUACACCAUCAGUCGUUAAUCAUGAAACACACCCCUCCGCCCUUCUGCUUCCCGGAGAGAUAUUUAUUCCUGUCUGUGUGAUGUACUGAGAAUCCUGCUGGCUUUACCGACCCCGACAGAGUAUCCCGAGAGAGCCAUGUUUCCGUGAAACAAAGUAUGUUACAGGCCCCGAUGUCUCUCUAGAAAGAAAUCCUUGCUCUAAGCUCAUCAACUUUGUUAUCCAAAGACUGAACAUUAGCGUGUAAUAUACUCGGAAGCGGUGGGUGGUGUGUGCGCCUCUUAAGUCGAACAAGCAGCCCGCCUCGAGUGCCUCUCCUCUGCCGGCGAUGUUUUGAGUCGGUCUCUGGAAUAAGUUCAAUUGCUCUGGGGAGAGUGAACAAAGGAUCUGCUCCAAGGAAGUCGUAUUCCUGGUUGUAAUGCUGGUAGUUCUGGUGAGUUACCGCCGCUCUAAUAUACAAUAGUUCUUCCCGGCUGUCUGUAAUGACACAAAACAUUUCCUGAGCUAAUAAUGUAAAAAACAGUACAUAAAAAACUAAAUACUGCAAAGUUUCCUAAGAGCUAGUCACAAUGCUGCCAUCUCCGUCGGCGUCAUCUUCUGGCAAGAACAGCUCAAAUAAGCAAAGAGAAACGACAGUCCAUCAUUACUUUAAGACAUGAAGGUCAGUCAAUACGGAAAAUGUCAAGAACUUUGUAAGUUUCUUAAAAUGCAGUCUCAAAAACCAUCACUCUCUGAUGAAACUGGCUCUCAUGAGGACCGCCACAGGAAUGGAAGACCCAGAGUUAAGUUUAUUAGAGUUACCAUCCUCAGAAAUAGCAGCCCAAAUAAAUGCUUCACAGAGUCCAAGUAACAGACACAUCUCAACAUCAACUGUUCAGAGCAGACUGUGUGAAUCAGGCCUUCAUGGUUGAAUUGCUGCAAAGAAACCACUACUAAGAAAAAGAGGCAAUGGACAUUAGACAGGUGGAAAUGUGUCCUUUGGUCUGGAGUCCAAAUUGGAGAUAUUUGGUUCCAACCGCUGUGUAUUUCCCCACUGUAAAGCAUGUUGGAGGUGGUGUUAUGGUGUGGGGGUGCUUUGCUGGUGACACUGUCUGUGAUUUAUUUAGAAUUCAAGGCACACUUAACCAGCAUGGCUACCACAGCAUUCUGCAGCGAUACGCCAUCUCAUCUGGUUUGGGCUUAAUGGGACCAACAUUUGUUUUUCAACAGGACAAUGAUCCAACACACCUCCAGGCUGUGAAAGGGUUAUUUUACCAAGAAGGAGAGUGAUGGAGUGCUGCAUCAGAUGACCUGGCCUCCACAAUCACCUGACCUCAACCCAAUUAAGAUGUUUUGGGAUGAGUCAGACCGCAAAGUGAAGGAAAAGUGCUCAGCAAAUGUGGGAACUCUUUCAAGAAUGUUGGAAAAGCAUUCCAAGUGAAGCUGGUUGAGAGAAUGCCAAGAGUGUGCAAAGCUGUCAUCAAGGCAAAGGGUGGCUAUUUGAAGAAUCUUCGAAGAAUUUGAAGAAUCUCAAAUAUGAACUAUAUUUUGAUUUGUUUAACACUGUUUUAGUUACUAGAUAAUUCCAUGUGUUACUUCAUAGUUGUGAUGUCUUCACUAUUAUUCUACAAUGUAGAAAAUAGUAAAAAUAAAGAAAACCCCUUAAAUGAGUACGUGUUCUAAAACUUUUGACCGGUAGUGUAAUUAUUUUGGGUUAACCAAAAUCCAAAAAGAGAUAUUUGUGACUGUAUGCAUUUGUUUUAAUAAUUUUUUAAAAUAAUUUUUUUAAAUAAAUAAAAGUCCCUAAAAUGUCAAAUGUUAUGUCUUUGUCGGUUGGCAUUCAGUCCAAGGAAAAUGGAUACAUUACCCAAAACUCGAUGGCACAAUAGCUGCCUGCAAGGCUGAAGGCCAUUGUACCUAUAUCUGAAUUCCCAUGAGAUUAUUGUUUUGAUUUUCAACAAACAUAUUCAUGUAUUUCAUCUCAAGCAUAUAGGAAUAAACACAUAUUCUUGCUUCGUGGGGGAAAAAGGCAAGUUGCCUGAAAACCUCUGAUCUUGAUGAAUUACAGUUGUAUAUGUUGGAAUACAGAAACACAGCAUUUAAUUAUAGGAGUAGCAUACUCAAUCAAAUAUCAAUCUACUCCGUUGUUCAACUUGUUCGUUUUUCUUUGAGGCAAUGGGGUUACUCUUUUUUAGGGUGAAUUAUAUUUGAAUGUCAAUAAAACAUACAUUUGUUUCACAAAGAA